CUCAGACCCGUCCCUGUAAGCUCUGGAAGGAACAGCUUGCGCCCGCCACCAAACAACCACCAUCCAAGGCUUGAGAGACGGGAGAAGCAGAAGCUCUAUCUGCCAACUCCUAAACGACAGCCAUCCCAUAUCGCUCCUCUCCUCCCGGCCGUCUAUCUCCUGGAAUUGCGAUCAACCGCCGCUACUUGACCUCGAGACCAACGCGAUCCAAAUACACGCCCUCACGCCCUCAGAUACCCACACACCCAACGAUGCAGCGGCCACAGGCUUACGGGCAGUCGCCCCCUCUACACCACCCGGUGCCCCAGCAUGUCUCGACUGUGCCGCAGCUCAGGUCACCGCCGCCGCCCGCGGGCUCGUCGGCGUCACAGCACGGCAGUUACGGCAGCAGCCCAUACCCCCAACAACAGCAGCAGGGAGGGGGCGCCGGCCCGCAAAACAUGUUUGGCCAGUACGGCCAGUUCAUGAACGACCCGGCCGCGCACAUGGCGGCGCAGCUCGGCUCGACGGCCUUCAAGCAGGGCCAGGAGCUGAUUGACCAAAACAUAAACCGAUACUUCAACGUGCUCGCGCUCAAACACUACUUCAACGUCACCAACUCGUACGUAAUAAACAAGCUGUACCUCGUCCUCUUCCCCUGGAGGCACAAGCCGUGGUCGCGCAAGCAGGCCAUGGGCCCCGGCGGUCAGGAGGGCUGGUACCUGCCGCCGCGCGACGACGUCAACAGCCCGGACAUGUACAUCCCCGUCAUGUCGCUCGUCACCUACAUCCUCCUCUCGACGGCGCUCGCCGGGCUGCGCGGCCAGUUCCAGCCCGAGCUCCUGGGCGCCACGGCCGGCACGGCGCUGAUCGUGGUUGCGGUCGAGAUCAUGAUCCUGAAGCUGGGGUGCUACAUCAUGAACAUUUCCAACAACUCACAGCUGCUGGAUUUGGUCGCCUACUCGGGCUACAAGUUUGUCGGCGUCAUCGUCACGGUCGCCAUCGCCGAGAUUGUGAAUGCCGGCAAGGGCACAGGCGGCUGGACCGGGUGGGGUGUCUUUCUCUACACGUUCCUGGCGAACUCGCUGUUCCUGAUGAGAUCACUCAAGUACGUUCUCCUUCCCGAGAAUUCGGGCGACAACAGGGUGCAGAUCGAUACGCGGGCCAAGAGGAACCAGCGCACGCAGUUUCUGUUCUUUUACUCUUACGGCCUCCAGUUCCUCUUUAUGUGCAUUCUGUCAAGAACUUGAGAGGGAGGGGUACAUGGGAACUUGGGUCGAGGAACUCUUUUUUGGACAGACAAGAGCGAGGGUGUGUGGGCGGCUCAAGAGAUCGAGUCGCGGUCAUGGAUCCAAGCAUCAGCAGCCCAUGCUAGAGGCUGCUUGUAUGAUGUGGGGGCAUGUUUUCCACGCGGCUACCCCUAUCUGUAGGAGGGGUUUCUGCCAAACGGUCUGGUAAAUAUGUCGGGGGCUUUCAAAGUACUGUAGUGGAUUGGGAGCGAUACUGGGCGGCGCCUUGUUAUACAAUACCUUUUUUUUUCUCUGGAAUCAAACAUUGAAGGCCAAUCAAGCGUCGGUAUCCUGGUACUGCUGGAGAUGUCCGCUGC